AUGCUUUCUCAUCAAGUGAAGCAAACAAGCACGGCCGGCAUGCGGGAGAUCGCCAGUCCGACGAAGGAAGAGCUCGACGAUGCGAAUUUGGCGCGCAUGGGAAAGCGCCCGGUGUUGAAGCGAAACUUCGGAUUGAUGUCCAUGCUUGGCUUCAGUUGUACCAUUCUUAUCACGUGGGAAGGAAUUGUCGUGCUGUUCUUGCAGGCUUAUCAAAAUGGUGGUCCCGCCGGUGCUGUGUAUGGGUAUCUUUUCGUCUGGGCCGGAGUCGCAUGCACCUUCGUAGUGCUUUCAGAAUUGGCAUCAAUGGCACCGACCUCGGGCGGACAGUAUCACUGGUGCUCGAUGCUUGCACCACGCUCCGCGAUGAAGCUACUGAGUUACAUUACAGGCUGGCUCACGGUAAUCGGAUGGCAAGCCACAUACGCCACAUCAUGCUAUCUAUGCGGAACCCUCAUCCAGGGUCUCAUCGUCUUAACCAAUAGCUCUUACCAACCCAAGAACUGGCACGGUACUCUGAUUUUCUGGGCCGUGGCAGUUUUCUCUGUAUCAAUUAAUUCCAUCGGAGGAACACUGCUACCUCGGUUCGAAGGCUUCAUUCUCAUCCUUCACAUUCUCGGAUUUUUCGCCAUCCUUAUCCCACUCACUUAUAUGGGUGAUCAUGGAACUGCAAAGGAGGUGUUUACCGAGUUCCUGAACCUAGGCGAAUUCCCUUCUCAGGGUCUCUCGUUCUUCGUUGGGAUGGUCGGGUGUAUCUUUGCAUUUGCCGGUGGUGAUGCGGCGGUUCACAUGUCCGAAGAGAUCGUAAAUGCCUCGACAGCAGUGCCAACUUCAAUCAUGCUCUCUGUACUAAUCAACGGCUCCUUGGGCUUCGGAAUGCUACUCGCCAUGCUAUUCUGCUUGGGUGAUAUCGAUAAGGCCCUGGCCUCAACCACGGGCUAUCCAUUCAUGGACAUUUUUCUACAAGCUACAGACUCCGUGGCCGGAACUGCUGUAAUGGCUUCGAUCAUUACCACCAUGGGUAUCACUACCUCGGUCGGCAUGCUAGCUUCUACUUCUCGACAAUUUUGGUCAUUUGCACGAGACCGUGGGAUUCCAGGCUGGCGUCUUUGGAGCCAGGUUCACGGCACUACUGCGGUUCCCAUCUACUCCGUGCUAUUGACAACCUGUGUUGUUUGUCUACUAGCACUUAUUAACGUUGGAUCCUCUGUUGCUUUCAACGACCUGGUUGCGAUGUCUAUCUCCGGCUUAUACCUGUCGUAUAUGGUUGUGGCUGGUCUGCUACUCUACCGCCGCUGCACGGGCGGCAUCAGUAACGCCCGCAACAGCGAUCACGGACUCGUCAAUGUUCCGGGAUCCGUGUGCGCCUGGGGUCCGUUCCACCUUCCAGGCAUCGCAGGUAUUGCUGUCAAUACUUUCGCGUUGAUUUAUAUGACCAUUGCCGUGUUUUUCAGUUUCUGGCCUCCGUCAUGGGCUGUCACCGUGCAGUCUAUGAAUUUCAGUGUGGUUGGUACUUUUGGAGUGAUCAUUCUCAGUCUGGUUUAUUAUGCUGUGCGAGCUCGGCAUGUCUAUGAUGGCCCGGUCGUGGAGAUUGAUUGA